GCGUCCCUGAGAAGAAGGAACAAUAUGCAGAACUUCCUCACUUAUACUGGUAACUGAAGAAACCACUUUCAUCUUUGUGGCUGCACUGAUCCACACAGCAACCAGUAAGUGGUGACUAAUGAUUAAAACACAUCAAACAAACAGCAAUAAACAGAAACUGAAUGAUUUAUAUUAGUCAGUGGACUGCCAGGUGCCGAUCAAAAGCAGCAUUUAGAGCUGUUAAUGUUAAAAUAAUCUUCAACUGCUAAACCAAAACUUCCUGUUUCCUAGAAGCAACUGUGUGCGCAUUACCAGACACUGUUUAUUUUGGCUCUACGCAUUGCAUAGCUUGCACUGGGACAUUAAAUAGACACUGCUACCAUGGUGAUAGAAUUAGACCUCUGGUUCAUUAUGACACUGAAGAUCACACUAACCCUUUGUAAAAUUGAAAUGGCAAAUCCGAAGAACCAACCGUGUGAUAUAUAUGACAAUGUAACCGCAAUGACUGUUAAGGUUGACUGCCAUGGACGUAGACUCCAAGUGGUUCCAAAGUUCUUACCAAACACAACCGACCUUGAUCUAUCUGAGAACAGGAUCAAGAACAUAACAGCCGAAAACUUCCAAGACCUGGCAAAUCUGAUCAAUCUUAAUCUAAACUGGCUGAAUAACAAGUAUAAAGUUCUUGUUGGCGCCGGGGUGUUUUCGAAUAUGACCAAGCUACGUAAACUGGAGCUCAACGGGAUCGGACUAAAGGACGUGCCAAAAGAUAUUCCAAAGAAUCUGCAAGAACUAAAGCUGGUUGAGAACAAGAUCACCCGGUUAAACUCAGCAUCCUUCAGGCAUUUGCAAAAUCUGUCACUCAUUUACCUUUCGAGAAACUGCUACUACUGGAAUCCUUGCUCGAGGUAUCACAUAGAAGAUGGAAGUUUUUCUGCCCUGAGCAAGCUGAAAAACCUUACUUUGUCUUUUAACAACUUAACUCAAGUCCCCAAAGGAUUACCUGUCUCACUGAUGAAACUAGAGCUUGCUUCAAACAGAAUAUCGUACGUCGGAGAGCAUGAUUUCAGAGGACUCGACAAUCUGAUAAGUCUAAAUAUCCAAGGGAAUUGUCCAAGGUGUCAUACGGCUCCAUAUCCAUGCAUUCCGUGUAAAAAUGUUUCCAUUGAAAUUCAUCCACGAGCCUUUGCCGGCCUCGGAAAGCUGCGGAUUCUGGACCUUGCUGGAAAUUCGAUCGAGAAAAUCGAUCCUACUUGGUUUGCAAACAUCUCAAAGCUUGAGCAACUCUACCUGUCGUUUAAUUUCCUGUUCGAGGCUGUUCAAAAUAAUGUUUUCUUGAAUAAUCUUCCACUGCUGACAAAACUCGAUCUCUCGUUUAACUACGCUCUCAAGAUUUACCCCACCACGGUUAAAAUAUCGCCCAGCUUUGCAAACUUAACCUCGCUGAGGACGCUGCACCUUCGUGGUUUGGUUUUUCAAGAAAUCCAAGAAGAGACCUUCAGCUCUCUGUAUGGUUUACGAAAUCUGUCAGUGUUGGAUGUAGGAGUAAACUUCAUCGUCCGUGCAAAAGCGGAAAUAUUUGAAAAACUUCAACAUGUGAAACUAAUCUAUCUUUCGGAAAACAGACUUUACCCGGAGUUGCGUAAAGAUGCAGGUGUUGGUUUGAAAUCAUCAUCCGUGAUGACCUCGAUGUCAGAACCUACUCCUAAAGGGAAUUCUUUUGACAUUCCAGAAGAUCUUGUAAAACCAGAGUGCUCCGCCACCGGUCGAGUGUUGGAUCUCAGCCGAAAUAACCUGUUCUUAAUUACUCCUGAACAGUUUCAGCCAUUCGGGAACAUAUCUUGCCUCAAUCUCUCAGGAAAUGGCUUUGCCACGGCUCCGAAUGGAUCUGAAUUCACAUCGCUCCCAGACCUCAAAUAUCUGGACUUGUCCUCCAACAGAAUUGACCUGGCAUACGAUUACGCUUUCCGAGAGUUACAGAGUCUCGAGGUGCUAGAUCUUAGUGACAACUCCCAUUACUUCACUGUGGAAGGCGUGACCCUCAAUUUAAACUUUCUCAAAUAUUUGCCCUCCUUGAAAGUGUUAAAUAUGAGCAACAACCAAAUCUAUACGUUAUCCACCAAAACCAUGUCAAGCAAGUCUCUUCAAGAGCUGCAAUUCCAGAGCAAUAAACUCGGUAGGAUGUGGAGGUUGAAAGACAAAACCUACGAUAGGCUAUUCGAAGACUUGACCAAUGUGACCCAUCUCGACAUAUCCCAUAACAACAUUAAGACGAUCCCUUUUAGGAUCUAUAAAUAUCUUCCCAAAUGCAUUCAAAAGUUGGGAUUAAGCAGAAAUCACCUGACAAGCGUUGGUUGGGAAUUGUUGAGACAAUUCCCUCAUCUACGAGAGCUCAUUUUAAACAACAACAACAUCCUUAAAAUAUCUAGCAACUUGUCAAGCGACGUUCCUUCUUUAGAGUUCCUUAAUCUGUGGCACAACAGUAUAUCCGAGCUUUCCAGUGGAUUCCUCCAGGGAGCGGUAAACCUAGAGAGGCUUGAUCUCGGUCACAACAAACUCAUAAACAUCAACCAGUCCACGUUUCCAUCUGAAAACGAGAUUUACCUAAAGACGCUGUGGCUCAACGGCAACCCUUUCCAUUGCACAUGCAACAUGUUUGAUUUUGUUCUGUGGAUUCGCAAGACUAAAGUGAAGAUCCCCAAAUUGGUGACUGCGGUGACAUGUGCCAUGCCUGAGGAGAGGCAAGGUAUAGCAGUAAUACAAUUUGACAUUACAGAAUGCAAUGACGACCAGUUGGCGUUUCUAGUGUACUUCUUCUCCACUUUUUGCAUUAUAUGCACCACAUUUGUGGCCGUCGCAAUGCACCUUUUCUACUGGGAUGUUUCCUACUUAUUCUACUAUGUGAAAGCCAUAUUUACUGGGUAUCAGAAACUGAGCUCUGACAGCUGCAUCUACGAUGCCUUCAUCACCUACGACACCAAGGACACACAGGUGUCUGAAUGGGUGCUCAAUCACCUGCGAGUGCAGCUGGAGGAACAAGGCGAGCGAUUCCUGCCCAUAUGUCUGGAGGAACGGGACUGGAUUCCCGGUUCUCCGGUUCUGGACAGUCUGACGCAGAGCAUCCAGCACAGCCGCAAAACCGUCUUCGUUCUGACCGAGCGCUACGUGAACAGCGGCUCCUUUAAGAUGGCCAUCUUCCUGGCGCACCAGAGGCUCCUGGAGGACAAUGAGGACGUGAUCGUGCUACUGCUGCUGGAGCCCGUGUUACAGCACUCACACUUUCUGCGGCUGCGCAGGCGUCUCUGCGGGCGCAGUGUCCUCGAGUGGCCACAUUCACUGUCCGCCGAGGCCUGGUUCUGGCAGUCGCUGCGCAACGCCAUCCGAGUGGACAACCAGGCCAUGUACAGCGACCUCUACAGCAGAUAUCUCACCACUCAAUAGGAGGAACGAUGCACAAAACUGGGUUGAGCUACAGAAACAAAAUGAAAACCAUGUUAGUUACAGA